AUGGAAGAUAUCGGCGAACUGGAAGACGAAUUGAUGCCGGAGAUGAGAUCGAAUGGAGACAAUCGAACACCAUUGAUAUCAUGGAAAGAGCUGGUCGACGUCGUCGUAGUGGAGCUCAUUGAGUUGGAGGAGCACGGACGAGAAGGAUGCUGGAACGAGAAGACUAAUAUGGUAGGAAGGGGAGGAAUCGAACCUGGAGGAGCCACUGCGCUGGCGGCAUUGGAAAAUGCGCCAGAAGCCGCGAUUCGCUCGGUGUCGUCCAUCACACUCAUCCUCUUCAUCGACUUCUUCGUAUUGUGCUUCGUCGACUUCUUGCCGGAUUUCAGCGUUUUCUGA